CAAACUUCUGGUGUGCACAUGUUACGAUCUGAGCGAGCCCCGUGGCUGAUCGGAUGUCUAGCCUUUUGCGUCCUCGUUCAUCGUCCGCCUGUGGAAUCACUACCAGUUAGUUCGUCACGCAAACCUGAUGCAGGGAGUUCGAAUGGCUCUUUGCCCAUCGGACUGAAGCUACAAAACCUGCAUAUCUUAUUCCGCCACGGUGAUCGCACCCCAUCGAAGCCGAUGUUGAAAGACACCGGGCCUUUUGAAGACACUUGGCCACUUGGUCGUGGUCAGCUGACCGAAGAAGGAGUAUUGCAAGAAUUCGAACUUGGACUAUGGCUGCGCAAAGAAUACAACGGUUUUAUACACCAAAAAUACAACGCUUCAAACUUUUACUUGCGGAGCACCGAUUAUGACAGGACACUCAUGUCUGCGCAGGCGAUGGCUGCAGGGCUCUAUAAGGAUGUCUCGUCACCAUUGGAAUCUUACGGAAUCGCGUGGAUGCCGAUUCCCUUGCACACAGUUCGGAAGAACAGAGAGACUCUUUUCAGUUAUUCCUCGACCUGCCAUCAUUUAGCGUUGUUGAAGAAAACGGCGUUGACUUCGAAAAAAGCAGACGAAUAUACCGAAUCACACAGAACACUAUUUGACUUCAUCAACAAGAAUUCAGUGACGGAAAAAAUCGAUCGGUUUAAUUUAUGGAAGAUUUAUGAUUUGUUUCUAUGCAUGAGAGCCCACAGAAUCGCACUUCCCAGUUGGUGUACAGAAGAGAUUUUCCAUGAAAUCGAACAAGUUGCUCAAUUCUUCUGGCUGGUACAGUCCAACAGCACCGAGGAACUACUCCGGAUGGGAAUUGGCGUAUUUCUGAACACCUUCGUUCAGCAUCUCAGAUCCAUCGCAACUUGUGGUAAACCAAUUGUCAUAAAUGGGCGUCAAUUGGGUUUGAAGCAUACGGUAGCCUACUCGGCCCAUGACACACAUGUCAGUUAUUUGCUAGGCGCUUUUGGAGCACUGAUGCAGGGCGAAAUUCCGUAUUCAUCGGCAGUAAUUUUGGAAUUACUCGGACCAGAUAGGCCUUCGUCCCUUGAGAAUUAUCGCCUUCGCCUACGUUUCAAGCAAGGAUAUGCGGACGAGGUAGGUGAAUAUAGGAGCGUUAGGCCGUGUGCGGAUCAACCCGGAGCAGAUGGGUGCCCUCUGAACUUGGUUGUGAAACACCUCAAGCCCUACCUACUGGAUGCCGAUAAGUAUUCUGAGUUGUGCUCCGGACAGCCUCACAUUGGCGUUUAA